AAUUCAUUAUGAUGAGCCUUUUUUUCCCUCUUUUAUUUGUCUCUGUUCUGUGUAUGAACAGCUUCUCGGGAGUGCAGGGAAAGAAAUGGAAAGGUGAAGGUACAACUCAAAACCUGGAAAGUAUUGUCAUUGGAAGAUGCUAUGAGUAUAUUAGACUUGUGAAUCCUGCUGUUGGUGAGAAGAAUUGUUCACAGAUAUGGGAAGCAUUUAAAAAUGCAUUUAUUAACAAGGAUCCUUGCAACAUUCUACCUGAGGAUUAUGAAUUAUUUAUCAACCUUACAUUUCACACGAUUCCACCUAACAAGUCUCUUUUCUGGGAAAAUAAUCAGCUACUAGUCACCAGCCUUGCUGCCAGAGGACGUCGCUACAUGUCUGUGGGUGAUACUCUCUUUGGCUUCCUUGCAGAUUUUCUGAUCUGGUGUGGGCAGACAGACAGCCCUGGCCUGGACUAUGAAUCCUGCCCCACCAUGGCGGAAUGUGAGAACAAUGCAGUGGAUUCUUUCUGGAGGAUUGCCUCAGUCACUUAUGCAAAGCACAGCUCUGGGGUGAUCCAGGUCUUGCUGAAUGGUUCUGCAGAGGGAGGAGCUUAUCCACAGCCAGGUUUUUUUGCAGAUUAUGAAAUACCUAAUUUCCAGAAAGACAAAAUCUCACAGGUUGUCAUUUGGGUUGUGGAUGAUAUUGAAGGACCAGAUAGAGAUUCCUGUGGAACUAAUAGUGUAAAGACAUUAGAAACCAGGCUGAAAACUCUUGGAUUUGAUGUCACUUGCACUGACAAUUACAAGUCUGUAAUGUUCUUACUCUGCCUGGAUUAUCCUGAUCAUUCUAAGUGUGCCUUUGCAUCAUCUGCACCAGCAGCACAAAGAGGACCUAUAUCUUCAGACAGAGGAGGCAGCUGGAACAAGCUCAUGUUUGUUUCUUUUGCAGGCUUUCUGUUCAGAUUUGCUUUAGUGUACUGAGUUAAUCAAAUGAAUCCAUAUCCUCUGUUUGCCUUAGCUUUGCCUUGGCUAUAAAUUUUGCUUCAGCUGAUUUCUAACUGCAGUUUCAUCCUACUUUUGGGACUGCAAAACCUGCAUGUUAAAACCUUGCAUUCUAGAUACUGGCUUGUUUCCGUAUCAAAAAUUAUCCCACUGUUGCUAGAAAGCCUCACCCUUCAUUUUCUUUUUCUAGAAAAAUUCAUGGCUAUUUCCUCUUAUCUUUAUUCUCCAGAAUUAAACCAAGACUAAUACUUUCUGUUCACAUAUUUCAGAAAGAAAAAUUAUGUAUACAUCACCCACAGAGAUUACUUGUUGGUAAAACUAUCCUAGCAUCUGACCUUGGAAACUAAGGGACUGAUUAUCAUGUUUUGGGAAGGUGAAACAUAAAUUUAAGUAGGAGAGAUCUUAAAUUGAUACACACUUGAUACAAGAUGCAAUAGGUAAAACAGUGGAAAAGUAAACUCAUUUUCAUAAGUGGUUCCAGUACCUGGGCCAAGCUUCAAAACUGGGUACAGCAAGAUUCUGGGUGCAUAUUGCAUGCAGUAAUUUAACACGUAAUAUCAAUUGCUUCAUCAUCUGCACAGCUGUUCCUCAGCUGGCUGUUUCCUGGCCCCUGGAUAGCAAUUAGUCAGAAAUACCAGGUCUAGAAAGUUCCCCAGUUUUUCCAGCACAGUGUGAUUUAUGGUAUAUCAAAUUCAGAUGAGAACCUGCCAAGUCAGACAUUGGCCUGCUUGCAGUGAACUCGGAUACAGGGUUCAGAACACACUGAGGAGAGAGCAGAUGCCAUCCUGGAGGUUUCUUGGGUUACUUAUGUGAAUUCCAGUGCUUCAGCUAGAGGCUUCUCUAAACCACCAAGACAUCCAGCUACCAGGAUGACCCAUAAGCCUUCAGAAAAAAAUACUCAUUCUACAGAGAAUAAGUGUAUGUAGCUAUUUUUUGCACAUUUUGUGUUAGCUUCUGUAUUAUUUAUUUGUGUUUGUAUUGACUGGUUGCCAGGAAACUUGGAGAGGAUGUUCCUGUUAUCUCAGUGAAUCUGAUUUAAGGGUCCAUAGUAGAUUUGCAUCCUUUCAAUCCCUGAUGCAACUGUAUCAUGCUGUAUGUUUGAAAGAUAAAGUAUUUAAAAUAUGUUGUAGUUGCUUAUUUGUCUUGCUUCCCUGCCUGUAAUAAUCUUUAAUUUGGUUUUAAUGCAAAUCUCUUUACAUUACACACAUAUUUGGGUUUUCCUACAUCAUAGGAGGGUUUAGGCUCCAGCCUGGAGGAUUUUUUUAUCUGUUUCAGACACAAAAAAGUACUGAAAGUACAGAAGUACUGAAAUCAAAAGUUACAGACCUUUAAAAAUCUGGGCUGUAUUAUGCCUCAAAAUUGUUCCCUAUCUGUGCUGUAUCUUUAGUUCUUUGAUUAGUUCCUUGAGCAUCCUGUUCAUUUUUUAUUGUUUUAUUUCAUGUUUUAUUGCUUACAGCAGCCACCAGAGUAGUAAGAAAGGUAUCUGUAACACCUCAGAUAGCUAAAGGUGUCUGAGUCACACCUCAGAUAGCGAAAGCCAAGCAAUUCUGAUCAAUCUUCUAUUUGCCCACAGCAGAUGGCAUCAGUUCUAUUUGCCCACAGCAGAUCAAAUCAGACACAUUUUGGGCCACAGGCUGUAGAGAUCGUGUGUGUGAGGCUCCCAGGUGUCCCAGCCAUCAUCAGGGCUGGUGUGUGCUACCUGCUGACCUGUGUGUGAGAUCCAGAGAGCAGCUUAAUCCCAUUAACCAGCCGUGUGCCUUUUAGGCAACUUGCAGCCACAAGCCAAGCAUCCCAGCUGGCCAACUUUUGCUUUCCAGCUUAUGAAAGCUUUCCAGCCUCUGCAUGUAAUUGACUCCAGCAGCACAGUCAGUGCUGGCAGUUGCACGUGGUACCAAACACUCUGUAGAAAGUGUUCUGUAGAAAUUCUGUUUCGGAAAAAAAAAAUUAAAAUAUUAAAUAGGAUCACUUCAGUUUAAACAAUUGAGAUUAUUUAAUGCACAGCCUUAUGUCAAAAACAACACACUCAGAACCUCUUGCAGUGUUUUCUUAUUUCUAAUGUUCUUUCCUCUUUUCCCAUUACUUCAACUCAGUAGCAAUGAUAGCAAAUUUUUUUCUAAUACCUGUUCAAUAAAGUGUCUCAAAUUUGCUUAAAAAACUUGGGAAUAUCUGUGAAGAUUUUUAGCUAACCAACUAAUAUAGCUAGUAAAAAAAAGCAACAAGGAGAAGUUCUAGACACAUAAGUUUCCUGAGACUUUUAGAGGCAGCAAACUUCAAGGUGAGUGUGAAUCAUUUGUUCUGAGUUUAACAUAAUGGUUUUGAUCUCUGCAAAGAGCAGUGUGACUGGUGUCUCAG